AGAACCAAGGAGAGAGACAGACCGACAGCUGAGAACAUCCGCCGGAGGAGCAGACAGACAGACUGCGGGAAGGGAAGAGUGUUGCCGGGUGCAGGGACAGCUCCAGAAAACAGCGCUAAAAUGGGAGUCGAAAUCGAGACCAUGAUCCAAGGCGACGGAAGGACUUUCCCCAAAAAAGGGCAGACGUGUGUGGUGCAUUAUGUCGGCACUUUCACAGACGGGCGGAAGUUUGACUCCUCUCGUGACAGGGGAACACCUUUUAGGUUCAAGGUUGGAAAACAUGAAGUGAUUCGCGGCUGGGAAGAUGGUGUAGCGCAGAUGAGUGUUGGUCAAAGGGCCAAGCUGACCUGCUCACCUGACUUUGCUUAUGGAGCCAAAGGCCACCCGGGCAUCAUUCCUCCUAACGCCACCCUCAUCUUUGACGUAGAGCUGAUUGGUUUGGAGUGAAGAGGGUUUGCAAGCAUUUUUUCAUUUUGUGUGACUUCCUACCUGGGUGACCUGGAGAGAAGCUAGGAGAGUCUGCACUUGAUUCUAUAAGAGGCUUGAGUCUAUAGUUCCACUACUUAUUUCAUCAGACUAUGACAGUUUGUGUUAUUUUGUCUCUGUGACUGAGUGAAUUAUAUUUUUCCAUCAUAUUCUUCCUCUUAAGACUAUGGGCCAUAACCUUACAAACCUCCAUGUUCUUAAUCUCGAGUUUCUUUUCAAAUUGCUCUUUACUUCUCUCUUUACUUACUUUUAUUUGUGUUUUUGAAGUGUUGGUUGUGCAUGGUUUUGCUGAAAAGUACAAAAUACCAAUGAAACCACUAGCAGGGACAUUUAUCUCUUAUGAGUCCGUGUGUACUAACAAUAUAAUUUUUAAGACUUGGUGCUUGUUAUAUUACAGAAACAAAAGAGUAGAAAAGAAAAUGAAAAGCACACAUUUGUAUCCCUAUACAGCUUAAAAUCCUAACAUGAAAUACGUUUCUGUUGUAGAGAUGAGGUGUAGAGCAACAUUUAGAAGCUUCCUGUUGUGAAACAUCGAGUCAUGGGAGGCCUUAACAAUGUUACACAGGAAGUAUGAUUGCUACAUGAUGUAUUGUACCACUGUGUUUUCUUUUAUCAUACGAACUUGUUAAAAGAAGAAUGAGCUAGACAGACGUAAUUGUCUCAAAAAAGAACCAAUCACAGUUAGAGAUCGUUCUAAUGUGUGCCUAAGUAUUCUAACCAGACACAUGGUUACUACCUUGCACUGUCUGCAUGCUCCUGACCCGAUGGAAACCCUAGUAUGUACAUGCUGAAAGCUUUGCAAAGAUUUGUGUUCAUAUUAUGUUCUUUUCUCAACAAGUCUUUAAAGGCCAUUUAAAGCCAUACACAGGUCGAACAGUGCAAAUACAGGAUUUGUGUUUACGCACAACAAUUGGAGUUUUUUUCUUUCUCUGGAAAAAAAAAACAAAAAACGGGAAGUGCUUGAAAAUUUAAAAAAGGGGGGGUUGAGAAAAUCAAUCAAAUUGUGACUUCCCCCCAGGCUUAUUUUGUGUAACAACUACAAUCAUGUAUUUUUCAGAUGCCAACUUUCUAUCUCUGAGUCAACAAAGCUAGUGUAUAAUCUAUGAUGAUAAUAAUGUUCUACUUUUUUUUUUGUUUUGUUUUAUUUUGUUUUACUAGUGUCAGUAAAGUACCACACUGCCUAACUGAAGUCUGUGCUGUGGUAGAAAAAGCUCUGAUACACAGACGUCCUAGUGAUUUUGUAUCUUAAAUGACUAGUUUUAAAUGGAAUUUAAAUGAAGGAAUACACUGGCCUGGCUGUCAGAUAUUGACCAUGGCUGUUGAUGUUACAUACCGGCAAAGCUGCAACUGGUGUGGCAGCAGUCCACCUUUGUACUGUGUAGUAAUUUGCUGAUACGUUACUGUAUGCAGGCUAAACCAAUGAUGACAUAUUUAAAAUAAAAGAAGUGCUCUCCAAA